CCCUACCAGAUCAUGCAGGCACAGGCUAUCAGGACGGAUCAGAACCAGGCUGUCUUGACUUCGCAGCAGAGUCUGCAGUCCAUACAGACCAUGCUCAAAGCAGGUCUUGGCUGUAUCACUUACCUGAGAAACCUUCUUCCAUGCGAUAAUUUCUCAGAAAGCUACUUGACGUCUUGUAGCCCUGGGAUACUUUCCUCGCAACCAUCCGGUACUACAGAGUCCUGUUCCUCCGAAGAUGAUUCUAGGAAGAGAAGAAACAUCAGCGGAUUCAAAAUUAUGACGGUCACUCGCGGCUUUACUGAAGAAGCAGAUAGGCUCCUUGACUAUUUGGAGAAUGGCAUAUUUGAUGCGUUACAGAAGCAGUAUCUGCGCAGCUGCAUUUUCGCAGUAUACCUGGAUAGCCAAGAUCCCAACAAUAUCGUAGAGGCCUAUACGUUCUCCUUCGAGUAUCACAAGAUUUCCGGGACUGAUGUGGUGGUUCCCGUGAUGUCGCUGGAUGCCGACCUCGAGAAGCUCUCAAUUUCCGGCGGCAAGAUCAAGGGUAUUGAUCCAGUAACAGAUGCGUCUAGGCACGGCAGAAUCCCUACAUUGGGCGACGUUAAGAGGAGUCUAAAGACUCUUAUAAAGAAUCUCAUCCAAGCAACAACACAGAUGGAUGCAUUGCCAAAACGCCGAUUCGCUACCUUCAAGCUGUUCUAUCACGAGCACACGCCAGACGACUACGAGCCUCCGCAUUUCCAGCCUGGCGAUGCCAAAAAGGACAAGUGGUUCUUUUCCACGCAUGACAAAGGAGAGGUGCCGGAGAAGUGUAGCAUAGGAUCUCUACAAACUGGUUUCCAUGGGGUCGAUGUCCGCGUGACCUCGGUGUCAGGUUAUCUACCCUCAGUGGAGGACAAUAAUGCGCCCUUCCUGGGUACAACGAACGCCGGUGAAUUCUCGGCACCGAUCUUGAGGCCGGCGGACGAGGCUGCGACGAGACUGCAGCAAGCACAAAUUCAGCGGGACGACGCAUUGGAGCGCCGCGUUGUUUGGGAUGGCGACGAUGGCUUAUGUGAUGUGGAUGCAGAGGGAGAAGAUGAUCCGGAUUACGUCCCAGGCUCGACCCCGGGCGUUGGAGGACCAUUUGGCAUUGAGAGCGUGGCACUCAUUGGCAUUCGAACUGAAGAAGGCAACAUCAUCCCCUUGCCUGAGAAAGCGAAGCGGCAGAUUGGCAGCUCAGCGGGCCGCGAUGAAGAGGCGCAAUAUGCCGGAAAACAUGACACUGUGCCUAAUGGGGUUGCGCAGCUGCCCAAACAUAACGGCCUCAAAUCUAGAAGGAUCAUCUCUCCAGAGAACUCGCUGCCGCCUUCAGAUAUUGUGCCAGAAUCACUGCCGUCCAUCUCGAGCGUAGAUCCUACACAAACGCUUGACACGCAAUUGGUCCAGAACAUGAUCGUAGAUGCCUAUGUGGGUGGCGAAGACGACGAGAUGUUAGACACGGAGACGCAAGUAAUGCUUGCCGCGUCGAGUAUCGAGGAUUCCAUUCGUUCGUUUUCGGGUAAUGACAAUGGUCAGAGUCAAAUACUGCCAUGCACCCACGAGGAAACAGCUACCAACGACAUUCGGGAAGGAUAUCAGGGUGAAGGAGCCUUGGAUUGCGAAUGCGGCGUCACUAUCGAAGAUGAUGACUUGUGCUUGUGUGAUGGAGGUUGCAAGAGAUGGUUCCACACAUGGUGCAUGGGCUAUCACUCUGCCAAGGACAAGCGCAUGCCUGCGCAGUUUAUUUGCUUUGACUGUCGCGUUAAAGCCGACCAGAACUGGGACCUCAUUGUCGUGCACGACUUGUAUCCCAGGAUGAUGGAACGGUUCAGAGAUUUAGCCAUCUUUAGGCGAGCAAUCAAACAAUUCGAAACUCGCAAACCGGACAGCCUAUCCGCGUUCACCAAGCUCAUGGGGUGCGAUCCCGCUGUCGCAGGGCAACUGUUUAAGAGGCUCGAGGCGGAAGGUUUCAUUGCGAUCGAAUUGCGCGAAACUGAUGACCUCGGUCUGAUGGAGACUGCCACUCGUAUGACUAAGGCCAAGAACAAGGGAAAGAUGGCCGCCAAGACGAGGCAAUCGCAGCGCAAGAAGGCUUUGCAGAAGCCGAAGUAUAUAUUCCUGCAGGCAUCGACACAGAGCCAAGCGUAUAAGGAUUACUUCGAUCCAGACCCGGAGGUGGAGAAAAGAUUGCUUUCGCUAUCAGAUCUCAAACCGCGACGCAAAUCACACAAAAAGCAAGCCGUUGACGAGCCUCACAUCGAAAUGACGGGUCCUCAAGCGGGCCAGGCCAUGAACCAGCUGGUUGCGGACGUUCAAAUGCAAGAUGUGAUGAUCGCUGCACCGCCAGUUCUCCCUAUCCAGUGCCAGACACAAGAGGAGACACAAGCCGCUCAAUGCAUCGCCGGACGCAAUCAAAAUUGUGGCGUCGAUGCAGGGGAACUCAAGCGCAAGAACAACGAGGGAACUGAGCAGCUGCCCGCAAGGCCUAGCAAGAAGGUCAAGAUCUCCGUCGGACCGGCGGUGGACCUCGGGGAUUGAAGAGUCAUCAAUCAGUCUGGAACCGGGUCUCUGUUGGUCCUUUGCAAUUGGCUCCAUGCACUCGCUGUCUGUGCAAGUCUGUUCGACUCUGCUCUCGGAACUCCUUUCGAAAUUCUGCUUUCCCGGAUAUCGACUCCACCUGAUGUCUCCCGUCUGUUGCUUCUCUCUGCGUGUUAGCCUCGAGUUCCGUAUGUUCCUGAGAAUUGUUGUACCACAUGCUGUUUGCACCUCAACAGAGGGAGAUUCAAUUGCGCUGUUGAAUGUUGACUAUGGUAGCGAGAUGAGUCAAUGAUUGCUCCUCGGGCUCG